CUUGGAAAUUGAGUGAUUUCUAAUUACAUUAUUCCAACUAGCUAAAAUUUUUUUAAAAUACAACUUGAAAAUUUGAUAAAGCAUGCAAUGGCUUACUGAAAUAAUUAGUCUCACAAUAAAAAAUUUCACACAAAGACAACACGAAACGACGAAGUAUGUUGCAGACGACAUCACAUCGUAUUGUUGCAAAGCGUGAGCGAUUUUUAACAGGGAUUUGCUGCAUAGAACAACAAAACGAUUAAUUGACUAAACGGAGUUAGCCUUGUACGAUAACGUACUAGUGGAAAACUAACUGGGCUUUAUAAAUGAUUGGGUCCUAAAAGCCCACUACUAGCAAACCCCCAAUAACUCCACAGUCUGAAGCCUGAACCGAUCACCUCCGCCCUUUAUAUUCUUUCCGAUGUAUCUCGUUGGAGAGUUGCACACAUAAGCUUUUUAUACAUUUAACAUAACAUAGAAUCAUAAAUAAGCCAAACUAGAUUGUGAAGUUUUGGAUUUUUUUAAUCACAUAUGCUUGUCAAUACGCCGUCGUUUUUAGCAAUGCUUUGAAGAAAAAAAAGGCCCAAAUAAAAAACACUCAAAAUUCUCAAGGGCCCAAAAUCUUAACGUCUAAGACUAAAAUUAAAAUGGAGUUCUUUCCGUACGACGAAAAUUUAACAUCCUCCGAUUUACCUGAUUUCUUCAGAUGUCCGAGACUCGUUCUUCAUCAGUCGGCGGAAGUCGCCUUGUUCCCGAUGAUUGAGUCCGAGAUCCCGAAGAAUACGAGACCGGAAGUGAAAAUUGCUCUCUUUCUCGAACGGCUAAAGCACCGAGGAUCAAAAUCAAAGGGAGAGUAGGAUGGUUUCUGGAUAUGCGAGUAUGAGAUCGUCAAUCUAGGAGCAGCUGAAGAAGAUCCAUUCUAGAGUCUAGACUAUUACCUUGCUUUCCGUUGAAAUCUUCCUGAGUAAGCGGGACCUAUCAUCACCACAAGCUUUCUCCAUCUGAUUGAAAUGUUUUUUUUAAGUCUACUUUGUUCAAUAAUAGAGAAUUUUUUUUUUCCUGAAUAGUUUAAGUCUACUUCGUUCCCACUUCCCAAAAUUGCAUGUUACAUAUUUGUUAUUUAAUUUGUAAACUAUCCAAAGCAUGAACAGCCGACUAGUCCAAGAUUCUUACACUAUUCACGUUCUCAGAGAAUUUAGAUUGGUAUUUGAAUAAGAUAAUCUGUAACUAUGUACUAUGAAUAUGAAUGUCAUCGUGCUUCUUGAAGAGUCCCAGAGUUUCAAAGUCACAAGCAUACAGCUCUCUGCAUCCUUGAGAAGAAGACCUAUAACACAAGUUUGAAUAGUAAGAUCACUUUAUUACAUCUAUGGAUCCUGAGACUUAUAGGGCAGUGGUUAUGGGUAAGGUUCAAGAGUUUGAAAAGGUUAUGGAGGAGAAUGAAAUUCCUGUUCUUGAUCAGGUCACUUUUCAGGGGAAUACGAUUCUGCAUCUUGCAGCUAUUUAUGGUCAUGACCACCUAGUGCGGCGUAUCCUUGCCUAUGAGCUAAACAUUCUUAGAAAUUGGAAACGUGGCUUAAAUUGCAACUUCGUCCCAAGUUUCUCUCAUUAUCAGACUCUUUUGGUGAGACGAAACUACAAGGGAGACCUUGCUCUCCAUGUAGCAGCUGCUGCAGGACACAAGUUGAUAGUUGGCCUUCUUAUUGAUUGCCUAAGGCAGCUUCCGCAAGAUAUAACUAUGGUGAUUGGAUCAGAGCAAAUGGUAAUUGGAAACAUUUUCAGAGUUUCCAACAAUGAUGGGAAUACUGCAUUGCACCUCUCCCUGAAAGGAAACCAUGUAUCUGUUUCUUUGCAACUUGUUCGUGAAGAUCGUAGCACUUGCUUUCUUCUGGACAAGGAGGAUGUAUCUCCACUGUAUAUGGCAGCUGAAGCUGGAUAUGUUUCACUUGUGGAGCAUAUGUUACGGGGUUUGGAUGCAAGCUUUGUUGGGAAAUCCGUUUUGUGUGCUGCAGUGAAAAGCCAGAAUCUUGAUAUAUUGACAGCUGUAUUAGAGAGUGACUCAGAUCUGGUAGAAUCGAGGGAUGAAGAUGGAAGAACUCCACUUGCCACUGCAGCAUCCAUUGGUUAUGACAUUGGAGUGCAGCAUAUGCUAACCAGAUUUGCAAGUUCUACACAGGUUGCUUACAUUAAGAAUGAAGAUGGUUCUUUCCCCAUCCACUCAGCCUGCAGUGCUAGGUGCACCUCAGCUCUCAAGGUGAUCUUAAAACACCACCCAGACACAAUAGAAAUGCUUAACUCACAGGGUCAAAACGUUCUUCAUGUCGCUGCUAAAAGCGGGAAUGCACGAGCUGUUGGCUAUCUGCUCAGAAAAUCUGACGUCAAAAGGUUAAUCAAUGAACAAGACAUAGAAGGAAACACACCGUUACAUUUAGCCAGCAGUAAUUCUCAUCCCAAGGUUGUAAGUCUCUUCAUACAUGAUAGAAGAGUUGACUUAAAAAUACUGAAUUACAAAGGGUUCACCGCUUUAGAUGCAGCUGAGGAUCAUAUGGCGACGAUUCCUUCACUCCAAGAGUGGUUGAUAUGGAUGGCAUUGGUGGCUGCUGGUACCACUAGAGCUCCACGAGUUCAUCUGAGAGCAGACAUCCCUGGUCUGACAACAGAUGAGGACUUAAUCCUAAAAAUUCACAAGGAUAGAGUAAACACUCUCCUUGUGGUGGCAACACUAGUGGCUACAAUGGCUUUUGCUGCAGGCUUGAGUGUGCCACUAGGUUACAACAGCACAGAGUUCAAGUCAAAUGUCAAACAUUCUUACGAAGAAUCUGCAUUUCAUGCUUUUGUCAUCUGCAAUAGCAUUGCCGUAUAUACUGCUGUUAUAUCGACAGUUGCUCUUAUAGGGACACAAUUGGCUGACCUAAAAUGCAUGCUGACCACCUUCAAGUUUAUUGUGCCACUCCUGGGGUUUUCUAUUAUCGCCAUGUCUUUGGCUUUUGUUGCAGGCUUAUACCUGGUCUUGGGACAUCAUUAUUGGCUUGCCAUAUUUGUCUUGGCCUCAGGCGGUUUCUAUCUCAUGGCUCUACUUCUGCUCAUCAUCCCUUACGCUUCGCCUUAUACUUUUAGUCCGCUAUUUUUUCGCUACUUUUUGCGGUUUCCCUUUUCAAUGUUGGUUUCCUUUGCAUACUGGAGGGAUGGCACUGAUGGGGAAUGCUCGUCACGAGUUUUUCGUUGGUCAUUUCUUGGUUAAGAAGAUCAAGACUUGAAAAUUCCUGAAUUCCCUUGUCUCAUGAUGUUUUAGCUUGAGUUUGAAUUAUGCGGUGCUGGUAGUAGUUAAAUUGGUUUCGGGAAGUUUGCCUUAAAAACCACAUUGUAUCUUGCUUCCUAACAUGUCUCCCAUGAGUUGCAAAGUGUAUUCUUAUGUUGACUAAUAAAUACUUUCAACUUUUUGUUACAGUGGUGUUAUUCUCUUACUUUCUAUUGUGGUAAUCAAUGAAGCUAUGUAGAGAACUCAAUUUUCCUUUAACGGCGAAGAAAGAUAUUUAAUUAGCCAUUAUGGUCUGAAGCCUCUAUGACUAGCUCUGAUGUGUCUUCAUUCAUCUGUUGC